UGGUGAACUUCAUGGUCUCACAGGGAGGAUGGGCUGUAGGAAGGAGAGGUGGACGAGGAGGAGGAGGAGGAGGAGGAGGAGGAGGAGGAGGAGGAGGAGGAGGAGGAGGAGGAGGAGGAGGAGGAGGAGGAGGAGGAGGAGGAGGAGGAGGAGGAGGAGGAGGAGAGGAGGAGGAGGAGGAGGAGGAGGAGGAGGAGGAGGAGGAGGAGGAGGAGGAGGAGGAGGAGGAGGAAGAGGAGGAGGAGGAGGAGGAGGAGGUAGAUGAGGAGGUGGCAGAAUUGAAUGAUGACGACGAAUUGGUACAUGUAGGUAAUGGCCAUCUACAUGCAUGCUCGUUUGUAACUUGCAACUACUAACUGAAUCAAAGUGCUAAACUGUA